AUGAGCACCAAUCAACGUCCGCCGAAGAUCGACGAGCUGCUGAAGAUCGACCCGUAUCUUCACGAUUUCCAGGAUGAAAUUUCGAGAAGAUAUUCGGUUUUCCGUGAUUAUCAGCGCAAAAUAGACGAGUGCGGCGGAAUGGAGCACUUUACCACCUCCUACCGUACCUUUGGGCUCAAUGUGCAGCCAGACAACUCGGUCAAGGGACUGGAGUGGGCCCCGGCAGCCGAAAGACUCGCUCUCAUAGGAGAUUUCAACAAUUGGGAUGCCAACGCGAAUGUCUACCGCAAGGAAGAGCACGGAAAGUGGAGCAUUGAAAUCCCGGCGACUUCCGAUGGAAAAUGCGCAAUCCCGCAUAAUUCCGUCAUCAAAAUCGCGGUCACUCGCCACGGGCAAACGAACCAUAAACUGAGCCCAUGGGCUACUUAUGUCACAUGUCCGAACCCGAAGGAAACUGUCAUUUACCAUCAAAACUUCUGGAAUCCUCCGGAAAGAUACGAACUAAAGGAGAAGCGUCCGGCCCGCCCGGCUUCGCUCCGAAUUUACGAAGCUCACGUUGGAAUCAGCAGCCACGAGGGGAAGAUCAACACGUACCGCGCGUUUGCGGAUGAAGUGCUUCCACGUAUCAAGAAGCAGGGAUACAAUACAAUUCAGCUGAUGGCCGUCAUGGAGCACGUCUAUUAUGCUUCGUUCGGUUAUCAGGUAAACAUGCUGAAAUUCAAAUUAUCCACAAAGCUAAAGCGAUUUUUCUUCAGGUGAGCAACUUUUUCGCUGUGUCCUCCCGAUGCGGAACUCCGGAAGAUCUCAAGUAUUUGGUGGACAAGGCCCACUCUUUGGGAAUCUUCAUGCUCCUGGACGUGGUGCAUUCGCAUGCUUCUAAGAAUGUGGAGGACGGAUUGAACCAGUGGGACGGCUCGAACGGAGGAUACUUCCACGAUAACGCUCGUGGAUUCCACAAUCUUUGGGACUCGCGUCUCUUCGAUUAUACACAGUGAGGAACUCAAUUUUAUUAAGAAAAACCUGAAUUCUCUAAACUUUAUUCGGAAAUUUUCACAUCUCUUUCAGAAUCGAGACCCUGCGCUUCUUGCUUUCGAAUGUCCGUUGGUGGGUCGAGGAAUACGGAUUCGACGGAUUCCGUUUUGACGGCGUCACCUCGAUGAUCUAUCAUUCCCAUGGAAUGAGUACGUUUCUAUCACUUACCUUUUUUCAAAUUUCAAUUUCAGACGACUCCUUCUCGGGCGGUUAUCCGAUGUACUUCGGUCUGAACGCCGACACGGAUUCACUCGUCUAUCUGAUGUUAGCCAACGAUUUCCUCCACAAAAAGUACCCGGAGAUCGUGACAAUCGCGGAGGAAGUGUCCGGAAUGCCGGCUGUCUGUCGUCCAGUCGAUGAAGGCGGUCAGGGAUUCGACUACCGUCUGGCGAUGGCCCUGCCGGAUAUGUGGAUCAAGCUUCUGAAGCACACUUCCGAUGAGGACUGGAAGAUCGGGGAAAUUGUGUUCAAUCUCGAGAACCGCAGAUAUGGGGAGAAGCACGUCGCCUACGCGGAAUCCCACGACCAGGCACUCGUGGGAGACAAAACCAUUGCGUUCUGGCUGAUGGACAAAGAAAUGUACGACUUCAUGGCCGUCAGCUCGCCCCUUACCCCCAUUAUCGAUAGAGGAUUGUCCCUUCACAAACUGAUCCGUCUGAUUACCAUAGGAUUGGGUGGGGAGGCGUGGCUAAACUUCAUCGGAAACGAGUUCGGUCACCCGGAGUGGCUUGAUUUCCCCCGUGUCGGUAAUGGCGAGUCAUUCCACUACGCACGCAGACAGUUCAAUCUCGUCGAUGCCGAUUAUCUCCGCUACAAGUUCCUGAACAACUGGGACCGCGGGAUGAUGGAGUUGGAGGAGAAGACGGGCUUUUUGCACAAGGGAUAUGCCUAUACUUCGUGGAAACACGAUGGAGACAAACUCGUCGUGUUCGAGAGAGGCGGCCUCGUUUUCGUGAUCAAUUUCCAUCCGAAUAAGAGCUUUGCCGACUACUCGAUCGGAGUCAAUAGCCCGGGAAGGUAAGAGCAGAGGAGAUUCUGAAUUUUCACGAAUUCACUCCAGAAAAAACGUGAAAUUAUUUGCAGAUACUGUAUCGCUUUGAACUCGGACGACGCUCAGUUCGGAGGGCACAGCCGCGUCGACAACUCCUCCAAGUUCCACACUUCCGAAGAUGGAUACGCGGGAAGACGCUAUCGUUUGCAGGUGUACGUCCCGUGCAGAUCGGCGAUUGUGCUCGAGAAGGACGAAUAA